UUCCCCCCACCCCCUUCCUCCAUUACCUCAACAUUGCGUCGUGAAGUGGAUGUUUUGGUUAAAAAAAUAGCGUCUAGAAGGGACGUUUAAAACAUGGCUUUCCGAAAAAAUUGGACUUAUAACGAAGAAGCGGAGGACAGAGGGACACGUUAAGCGAAGGAUUUGACUCGUCUUCAUGUAUUCCUCCACAUGUCCUAUUUCUUCGUAGAUGGUCUCCGGCGAGCGUUGUUUGUUGGCGGCCGACGAGUUGUCGACGAGUAACAUGAAGGAGAUGAUUGGAGGCUGUUGUGUUUGCUCAGACGAGAGAGGCUGGGCAGAGAACCCGCUGGUUUACUGCGAUGGACACGGCUGCAACGUCGCUGUUCACCAAGCAUGCUAUGGCAUCGUGCAGGUGCCCACUGGUCCAUGGUUCUGCAGAAAAUGUGAAUCUCAGGAGCGGGCGGCCCGUGUGAGAUGUGAGCUGUGUCCCCACAAAGAUGGCGCCCUGAAGAGGACGGACAAUGGAGGCUGGGCUCAUGUGGUGUGUGCGCUUUACAUACCCGAAGUGGAGUUUGCAAACGUGUCAACCAUGGAGCCCAUUGUGCUUCAGAGUGUCCCCCAUGAUCGCUACAACAAGACAUGCUACAUCUGUGAGGAUCAGGGCAGAGAGAGUAAAGCGGCCACUGGUGCAUGCAUGACCUGCAACAAACACGGCUGCAGGCAGGCCUUCCAUGUCACAUGUGCCCAGUUUGCAGGGUUGCUGUGCGAGGAGCAAGGGUCGGAUGCCGACAACGUGAAGUAUUGUGGUUACUGCAAAUACCACCACAGCAAAUUGCGAAGGAGCAGGGGCCGCGGUAGUAGAUCUCAAAGCUUAAGUGACUCUUCUUCCUCUCAAUGUAUGGAUAGACCCCCAGACCAGGACACGAAGAAACACAAAGAGCGGGACAGACACAAACCCAAACACAAGAAGACCUCCAUGGACAUGUCCCCUUCCCUUGUUCUUCCAAACAUCAUGGUCCCAGAGAAGCCCUACAACAGCAGCAGUUCAGUGGGAGGGGGCACCCCUCUACCACCGCCCUCGCAGAAGCGACUGGACGACGCCAGCGCCCGUUUCACCAACGCCAACUUCCAGGAAGUAUCGUCCACUCACUCGGUUGGAAGCGCCAAGGAUUGCUUGGUGGCCGCGGAUCCCGGGAAAGUGCCGUCUGACUUGAAGAGCAAGAAGAACGCCGGCGGAAGUCACGCGGUCGGACAGAGGGGCGGGCGAAAGUCGCUCACCUCCUCAGGGAAAGCCCUCCCCUCUGCCGUGGUCACCAUGGCAACCUCCUCCACAUCUGCCUCUUCCUCCACCGGGCCUUUCCACCAAGGUCUGCUGUUGACGAAUACCGGCAAAGCGCCCUCCGCCCAAUCGUCGUCCGAUUUCCUGAGCUUCUCCGACUCCUCCUUACGUCCGGGAGGCGGUACUACCUUUUCUUCGCCGCCGUCUUUCAGCAGCUGCCUCGUAAAGCCCAGCUCGGAGGGCGGGGCUUCAGAGGGAACGACGAACCUUUUUGGUUCUCUCGCGACGACCGCCGCCGCAGUGGGCGGGAAGCUGUACGAGAAUUCCCACAGUCUGUCAGCCAGCGAGACGACAAGCCUCAGUGGCUCCGCUGCCUACAAACGGCCCCAGCCCUCCAGCACCGGCCCCGGGAUCGCCGGAGCAGCCGCAGGAGGGGGUGGAGCGGAGGAUGGAGUGAAGAAGAAAAAGAAAGGCAACUGGCGCAACAGAUUCGGUCCUUGCUUCACCACAGAUGUCAAGCCGGCGGAGUCGGCGCCCUCGCUGACUCUCCCCACCUCCUCCACGGGCAUCACCUCCUCCUCCUCCUCCGCUGCUGCCUCCCCGUCGUCCUCCUCGUCCUCUGCGCUCUGUGGUCGGCAAGGCUUAGUUUCCAGCGGUGGCUUAGGGGUGGGAGGAGGAGCAGAGAGGGGUCUCGGGGUCAUAGGUGUCGGCGGCGGGAUUCAGAAGUCCCCCUCACUCCUCAGGAAUGGCAGUCUGCAGAGCAACAGCGGGCCAGGUGUUUUCUCUGGUGUUGAUGGGUCGUCGUCAGGGCCGGGGGCCCUCUCCAUGGGCGGAGUUACCUCAGAGCAACCGCAACCCACGUCGUCUUUGGCCCCUCCCUCUCCCUUCACUGCCACCGCACCGCUGACCAGCACGGCCGCCACACACGUAAGCGGCCUUCCGGGGUCCGUCUUCAACCUGGCCCACUCCCACAUGUUCGGCAACCGGCUAAAUCCCAAUUCGGCCAUGGCAGCGCUCAUCGCCCAGUCGGAGGCCUCACCCGCAGAUCAGGAAGCUGGAGACUGCAGCGUCGGUGUGCAGGGCUUCUCCAUAAGGGCUUCUCCCAAGACCACCCCGCGCUCGCCAAUUGGUGGCCUGCAGAUCCGCUACGACCCGUCAGGGUCGUUGCCGGGGCCAGGGCUCGGGUUGCUAGGGGCGGGAGGAGGAGGCGGAGGUGGAGGAGGAGGCGUCAGUGGCGGCGAGGCGCUGCCCCCGGUGGCCACAACUAUAGAGCAGCUCCUGGAGAGGCAGUGGAACGAGGGGCAGAGCUUCCUCCUGCAGCAGGGCGCCCAGGGAGACGUGGUGGCCAUGUUAAAAUCUCUGCAUCAGCUGCAGGAGGAGAACAGGAGACUGGAAGAGCAGAUUAAAACACUCACCAUGAAGAAGGAGAGAUUGCAACUUCUCAGUGCUCAGCUAUCAGUGCCUUUCACGCCCACGUCAGCAUCCUCCGAUGUAAAGGGAGGAGCCGCUGACUCAUCUUUACCUGUGGCUGCUCAGGACAGUGCGUCAUGUGGCGGCCACAGCAGUAGUGGCUCCACCUCCUCCCUUUCCACCCCCCCUUCACUUUCCCAGAGCCCGCCACAGCCGCAGCUCAACGGCAUAGUCGCCGCGGGGACGACCCCCGUGUCGGGCUUGAUGGGCACUUUCGGUUCCGGAAGCGCGCUCGGCAUGGGGGGCAUCGCGCUGAACGGCGUGAUCCAGACUUCGAUAGGGACCGGCAGCCCACAUGCGAGUGCGGCCGUCACGCUAGCGGUCAAUAACAGCUCUGCAACUAGUAAGAACAGUGCUGCACGGCUCGCUCUGUCUGACCAGCAGAGGCUCCUCAUCCAGCAGCAUCAACUCCAGCAGCUCCUCGCAUCCCAGCCCUCAGCGGAGCACUUCCAUUGACUUACCCCUGUGUCCGUUCCCCAUUUCUUGUCUGAAACAUAACCCACCCCCUUCCCCUCCUUUUUACAUUUCCCCGCUCCACCCCAUCAUGUUUUGCUACACCCCAGCAGCUCUAGCGGCAUCAGGAUCAGCCACAUUUGCGCCACAUCUACCACUCAGCUGCCCGUCAACCGCCAUGGCAGCCCCAAGCCCCUUCCUGGCGCUCCACUGCACUUACAUGUUACCCCCUCAGGGCUGACUGAGGAGGAUUUCUUUGCAGGAGACAUGAUGUUGAUGUUCCAUUUAUACAACAACAAAAAAAAUAGUAGCAAAACUGAGUUAAUUGUUUAUACUAUUUAUUUUCAUUUUGUGCUGCUUUCAAAUCUCUGCUGUGAUGCCACUUUUAUUUUUAUUUUUUUCAUGCUGAUUUCUCAUGGGAUGUUUUUUUUUUCUCCCCGUCUCCAACCCCCGGUCUGGUCUUUCUGCUGUGUCACUCUCUCAGGGGGCCUCUGUGCACAUGUUAGCACAUGCGCUAGCACACAAGACUUGCAAACAAAGAUGUCAUAAAAAAAAAUGUAAUACCGUAAUACCAGAUGCUUGUUUAUUAGCAUCUGUCUGUCUGUCUUAGUGUCAAGCCUUGCUUAUGACUCUCUUGGCUGCACAGAUGAAGGAGGGGGGGCCUCAAGGCGCAAGAGAGCCCCCUUGCUGUACCUACCUCUCUCCAACACACGGGACCUAAAUGGCUGACAGCAGCAGCCAAUUAAAAACAAAAAAAAAAAAAACGGCCAAUCAGGGUCCACGCCCAAGUGCCUGAGGCCAAACUCUAAUUUUUUUUUUUUUUUUUAACUUUUGUCCCAU